AUGUAUACAGAGAACCUGAAUUUCCUCCUCUCCACUUUAUCCUUAAAUGCUUCCUUGACCAGCAGGAAUGGCUUCUACAACUUCACUGCUAGCCAUGACCACUCUAACAUGGUCUAUGGACUGUUUCUUUGUCGAGGUGAUGUGAAUCCCGAUGUUUGUGGACAAUGUGUAGCAAAUGCCCGUGGGGAGAUUCUAGAGACAUUCUUGAAUCGAAAGACUGCUUUUAUUUCACAUGACGAAUGCUUGUUGCAUUAUUCGAAUGAGUCCAUGUUCUCGGGAGCCGAUUGGGGUAUCUCCUUCUUUGCUUGGAAUUCACAUAAUGCCACUGAUCCAAACAAGUUCAACCAGGUCUUAAGAGAUAUGAUGAAAGAGAUAGCAAGUCGGGCUGCAAAUGAUGGCCUUGUUUGUGUUAGGAAAGGGGUACCAGUACAGGCACAUAAUAUCAGAGUUAGCCCAGGACAAAUUUCUCUUUCCCCAAGUACCAGUUAA